AAUCUAAAUCAAAUUAGCGAAAAGUAUUCAAUCGUCCCAACAUGUCUACACGACCUGAAGACUUGUUUAAAAGGGUUAGAUCUCAGCUGGAUGAAGAGGAUGAAGAACCAGAAAUCAUUCAAGCUAGGCAAAAAGGCAUUCCUUCCCCCUCUAAGUUGGCUAUCUGUGGACUUGCCGGAAUUGUGUUUGGCAUUUCUAUUGAGAAAGGAAGAGUAUUUGAACCACACAUAAUAAGGGAGCAAAUGCUGUUUACUAAUUUUACAAUGCUGAAAAUGUUUUUGUCAGCCUCUGCCACAGGUAUGCUGGUGUUUUCUGUUUUGAUGAUGAUUCCUGCGACUUCACGGAAAAUGGAUCAAGCUAUAAAAGAGUUUUUUUCAUGCUUUUCUUCAAAGGGUGUUUUGGCAGCGGGUUUGGGAGGUGCUAUGUUGGGCUGUGGCAUGACUUUAGCUGGAGCGUGUCCUGGAAUGGUUUUGGCUCAAGUGGGAGCUAGUGUACCUGAUGCAAUCCUUACAAUGGUAGGAGGAUUAAUUGGAGUAUAUGUAUAUGCAUUGACAAAUCCUAUUGUUUUAAAACUUUUCACACCCACCAGAAGAUACAGAUACAACAGUGUUGAUGAAUACUUAGGAACUCCAUUUUUUAUUAUAGCUUGUCCUCUAGCUGCAAUGCUGGGUCUAGCAGUAUUUGCUUUUGAAGUAGUCUUUCCUUGGUACACUCAGGUUGAACUUUCUGGUAGUGGAGUUUUAGGAUCUCGGGCAUGGCCUCCAUAUGUAGCUGGCAUCCUAAUUGGACUGCUUCAACUCCCUGUUGUUUUAACUGUGGAAGAUACAUUAGGUUCAGGUACAAGUUAUACAACAUUGGCAUCUCAGAUCCUUAUCAUCAGACCUCUACAGUCUGUAUUUGCAUACCUGAAGAAGUAUACCUCAGGUGUAGGGAACUGGUGGCAGGUGUUUUAUGUUUUUGGCGCUAUUUUGGGUGCCAGGAUUUCCGCCUCUGCAUCAGGUACAAUAGGAAGUGUAGAGGGUGUUGGACCUUGGUAUAGUUUGACAGGAGGUUUUCUAAUGUUGUAUGGCUCAAGGUUGGCCGGUGGUUGCACAAGUGGCCACGGUUUGUCAGGUAUGGGACUACUAGCUCUGCUGUCUUUUGUAGCAGUACCAACGAUGUUUGCUGGAGGCAUUUCAGUGGCUUUCCUCAUGAAAUAUGGAAUAGGUGUCAAAAUGUGAAACUAUUUCCAAAAUGUAUGGAAAUAUUUAGUUAACUGCAUCCAAAAUGAUGUGUAAAAAUGUUUCCAUAUUAUUAUACAUAUCAAUAAAUUAAUGAACAUGUGAACAAAUAUUUAUUCCACUGUUUACAUGUAUGAUGGUACCAAAUUUUAACCAAAGUCAUGACCUAAUUUCCCACUUGGCUAAGAUACAGCUGACUGCAGGCCAUUGGUAUAAAAUUAGUUUUAGAUAAACUUAAGAAAACUGUUUUACAUAUCUGCAUUCUAUAAACAAAGCAGUUGAUUUUCAUUUCCUAAUCCUAGUCUCAUAAGUAAAGAACUAAAUGUAUAAAUCCCAUUAGAAAAUUUAAAUUUAGCUUUGUGUCCUUCUGUUCUUGUGCUGUUAAGUACAAAUCUGUAAAUUUAUUUCAAAUUGUAAGAUGUGAUUGAAAUAUUUUCUAAGUUAAAACAAGAAAUCCACUGUCAUUUUCAUAAUUUUGUUAUGGAAUGAUAAAAACCUACUGAAUUUUGGUUAAACAUUUUUUAUACCAUGGUGGUAUCUUUUCUGGUUUCUUGUUAUUCAUGACCCUAUCAGUGAACAAAGUGGCUAAAUCUACUAUGAUUGCUAAUAGAAUAUACCAUGUUAGAUUGUCAUGACUAAAAGAUCAUCACUUUUCAAAAAAUUUUGCAAAAUCUUGCCGGUUCUACACAGGAAUAUUGGCUAUAUGAAUGAUGUGGUAUGAGGAACCCAGCGAAUAUUAGCAGCACAAUUUUAUUUUUAUGUUGUGUAUAAUUUAUUUCAACAAAGUUCUUAUAUUGUAAGUCUUUUUUUUUUAUUAUUGAAGAAUUUAUGUGAAAUGAUUGAUACCUAAAACUCUUAUCAACCAUUUCAAAAUGGUUGUUUUGUUUGACAACUGAUUUGUUACUUUCAGAAUUAUUUUCAGUAAAGGACUAAAUGCUUAGUGUACAGUCAUAAAAUAUUUCUAUUGUGCCAGUGUACUUAGUUAUACAGACUAAAAACUGUGAUUUGUUAUAUUUUCAAUUCCAUUUUCCUUAGCAUCUCAGGUUUUAACUGUUGUAUUUAUAAGUUUUCAUAUUAUGA